AUGAAUAAAAUCACAUAAGGUUAAAAUAACAGUCAAUCAGAUAAUGGUAAUGUGAAUAAGAUUAGCGAUAAAUAGAAGAUUAGUACAGUUGUAGAAUUAAGAGAAGAAAAGACUUAAUUACUAAAAACUAUAUAAGAAUUAACAUAAUAGAAUAUUAAUUUAACUAAGGAAAAGACAGACUUAGUAAAAUAGUGAACUUAUAUUAAUUUAGGAUGAAUAAUACAAUUCUGUCAUUAUAGAAUUGCAAUUAUAAAUCUAAACUCUCAACACCAAAAAAACAAGAAAAACUCAUAUAAAUUAUAUUGGAUAACCUCAAUCUCUUAUCUAAAAUGAUCCAUUUAAUAAUAAUGACAAUUUAACAAAAUAAAUAAAGCAACUUUAACAGUAUAUUUUAUAAAUAUAGAAAGAGAAUUAAAAUAAAAAAAAGACAAUCAAGAAGCCCCAUUUUUAAUAUUUAGACAGCUUAUAAAGAAUUUGA